AUGUUAUUGCAAAGAAGUAUCAUUUUAAUUGAUUCGAUAUUGCUGCUCUCGAUAUUCGCCGCGUUGCUCUUCUGGCCGGCGCAUCGGUGCGCCACCAUUGAAGUCGAGCAAUACGAGAACCCAUGCGGAUGUCUCGCUCACCCGAUUUUCCGACUCGAAACCGACUUCCGAAUACUCGAUGAGCCGACUCGUCACGAGACCUCAAUCUGUCAUACGCUUCAAUGGAAGCAUUACGCGUUCUGGAAAAACUUGUAUAUGAUCGUGCUUCCCGCCGCUUCCGCCAUCCUUUUGGCGUUUUUGACGUUCAUCGAACUCUGGGAUUUGAGCUUAUAUCGCGGAUACAUUCAAUCGGGCUUUCUCAUCGGCUUCUCGCUUCUCUCGGUGAUCUACACGAUGGCUGUCAUUGCCCAUGAGAAAUCGAACAUCGAGACCGAAUUCUAUCCGGCGCAGGUGCCGCGCGCGUUCGGCGCGCUCUCGGCUCGCGGAGUUCACGAGAUCAACGCGCCCGGCACCUGGAAGUACAGUAUUCUCGCGUGUCUGGCUUCAGCCGCGCUGAAAAUCGCCCGAAUUCUCGUCCAACACUUUUUUGGAGAUGUGAGUUGA